AAUAUUUUUCGGCUUUAAUGUACUGCAGCGCCCAACACCGGGGAGCAGGAGAAGGUCAAUGGCGUUACUCUACAUUACAGUCAAAAUAAUUUUUGUUAUUUGGCCGAGCCAGUCUUAGACACAAGAUACGGACGUUUGUACUAAAAUAUGCAAUUACUACGAUCAUAUUAGACCGUGAAGAAGACUGAAGGCGGUCAUUGUCACUCCUACGCGCGUCUCUUCCUUUCGCACUCAGAGCUAUAAAAGAGGCAGCAGAUUUUGGGACAACCUUUCUGGGAACUGAGUUUGUGAGUGUGUGUCCCUCAUUUCCAGUUGGAGUGGACAUGUCUCCUUCACGGUCCAUAUUGCUGGUGGGAGAAGGGAACUUCUCAUUUUCUGCCUCUGUGACCCAGUUAAACUCUGAAACGGAGACCAGCAUAACGGCCACUUGCCUGCAGCGUCAGGAGGAAGCACUGCGGCAUGAAGGUGCAGCCAGUAACAUUCAGAUCAUCAAGGAGUCAGGUGGGGCGGUGCUUUUCGAGGUGGACUGCAGAAAGCUGGGGGAAUGUGCCUCUCUCCGGGGCCGUGUGUUUGACCGUGUGGUGUUUAACUUUCCUCACUGCGGGAGAAAGAGUGGGGUUAAAAAGAACAGAGAACUUCUCAAAAACUUCUUCCUCAGUUGUGUUCAGGUGUUAGCUGAAGAUGGGGAGGUUCAUGUUUCCUUGUGCAAUGGACAGGGUGGGACACCGGCGGACCACCCGAAGCGAGAGUGGCACAACAGCUGGCAGGUGACUGCCAUGGCAGCAGAGGCACACCUGAUCCUUACUGACGUCCAUCCUUUUGAAAGUGAGAAAUACCAGAGCUACAAGUGCACUGGAUACAGGAGCCAGGAUAAGGGCUUUCAUGUGGAGAAAGCUAUGCUCCAUGUGUUUACUCGCAGCCUCCCCUACACCUCUGCUGAGAUACUUAAAGUGGAGGAGACUGUUAAAGGGGAGAAAGUCCAGUACUACAUACCAGCCGAGCUCAGUGAUUACAUGUUCAGGGGAUUUCUCUGCUCAGGUUCUGUCCACCCUGUCAGGUUGGUGCAAGAUUUUCUUCUCGAAGGACUGGCGGAUAAGUGGUCAGUCUCCAUGACGACAGAGACCAUUCCCUUCCUCCUCAUAGCCGAACAGCUGCAGAUGUGCCGCGGUGAUGUCGACAGCACACGCUGCUACUGGAUCCGCCUGCUUCAGAAAGACCUCAACUCUAGAGACAAAGCAAAAGAUCUGUUGACGUGCACAGACACUCGAGACACUCUGUCAGCCAGAUGUGUUACCUCAGAUAAGGUAGACAGGAUGAGGAGCAAAGGAGCUGAGAGCUUAUGGUCUGCAUGCUCUCUAGAUGUUGAUCCUGAAGAGGAAAGUGGUCUUUAUAUGCUGCGUCCAUCACUGCUCCCUCAUACUGAAGAGCUUCUAACUAAAAAAGAAGAGUUGAUUAACAAUGCAGGGAGUCACGGGGAGAAUGAGGAGAAUAAUAAAAGUGUUGAAGUUGAAGGACAUAAGAAGGAGGGGCCCUGUGCGGGCUGUAAUGGUGUUACCAGCUUGUUAUUUGGCAUUAGUGGCUUGGUGUUCAGGAAUGUGCCCGUCAACCUCUGGGCUCUGCCUGCCUUUCACGAGCUUCUCCUCAGAGGCGUUUUCCCUUCAGAAUGUGAGCCAGUCAAUUUGCUUGGACAAAGGCUGGAAACGCUGCUCGCUCCCUACGGGGUCUCCCUGGUCACAGAACAGGGAGGCCUGCGUCUGAUGGCACAGCCAAUGGGUUUGGUUGGAAGGGCGUUUGCAAGCAAUGCAAGCGAAAACAGUCGCCAUGUGAGUGUCACUGUGUCCCUAAAUUUGGACCUCCUCGCCGUGCUCCUGUUCUCACUCCCCGACUGGCGGCUGCUUUGGUCACACGACCCACGCUUUUUACAACAGUUUGCACCCCGCCCAUCGCCAGGGAAACGUUUCCACCCAUUCUCCCUGUUCCCCGAGCACUUCAGCUUUGACAUCAGCUUCUGGACAGGGCCGACGUGGGAGGAGAGGAAGUUCCACGCUGUGGUCCGAGAGGCUAGUCAUGGGACUGUGGAGCAAGUUAAACUCAUCGACAUGUUCUCACAUCCUGACCUGAGCCAGACCAGUUACUGCUACAGACUCGUCUACCACUCACACACACACGCUCUGUCACACACACAAGCCCUCCAGUUUCAUCAACUCCUGCAGUCCUUUCUUACCUCUCGGUUGCAAGUCACCAUCAGGUAGCUAAGUUUGAAUGUUUAGGAAGAACAGGGAUUUCACCUCUUUUUUUCAGACAUUAUGAUUAGUCUGUUUGUAACUGCUAAGCAAAGUGUAUAAUCUGCAAAACGAACAGUAGUUGAGGCGUUGCUUGCUGUAGUAAGUCUCUGGAAUGUGAUUGAAAUUCUGUGUAUCUGUGUGUGUUUUUGUCACAAUAAAGCUGUUACUUAACAUUAA